AUGUCAGAAUUAACACAUCCUACGAUUGUUGACGGAUGGUUCAGAGAAAUCUCUGAUACCAUGUGGCCAGGUCAAGCCAUGACUUUGCGUGUGGAAAAGAUCUUACACCAUGAAAAAUCUAAGUACCAAGACGUUUUGGUUUUCAAGUCUACUGAUUAUGGUAACGUUUUGGUUUUGGAUAACGCUAUUCAAGUCACCGAGCGUGAUGAGUUCUCAUACCAGGAGAUGAUUGCCCAUUUGGCAUUAAACUCUCACCCAAACCCAAAGAAGGUUUUGGUUAUCGGUGGUGGCGAUGGCGGUGUCUUGAGAGAAAUUGUCAAGCAUGAUUCCGUCCAAGAAGCUUGGUUAUGUGACAUUGACGAAGCUGUUAUCAGAGUUUCCAAGGAGUACUUACCAGAGAUGGCGAAGUCUUAUUCCCAUCCUAAGGUCAAGACUCAUAUCGGUGAUGGAUUCCAAUUCUUGAGAGACUACCAAAACACUUUUGACGUUAUCAUCACUGACUCAUCUGACCCGGAAGGUCCAGCCGCCUCUUUGUUCCAACAAUCUUACUUCGAAUUGUUGAACGGUGCCUUGACUGAGAAAGGUGUCAUUUCCACUCAAGCUGAAAGUAUGUGGAUCCACUUGCCAAUCAUCAAGGAAUUGAAGAAGGCUUGUAAGGAGGUCUUCCCAACUGUUGGUUAUGCCUACACCACCAUUCCAACUUAUCCAACCGGUCAAAUUGGUUUUAUGGUGUGCUCUAAGGAUGCCAAUGUGGAUGUCACUAAACCGUUGAGAUCAAUCUCAGAAGAAGAAGAAGAAGCCAAGUACCGUUACUACAACAAGAAAGUGCACGAAGCCUCUUUCGUACUACCUACUUGGGUCGCUAAAGAAUUGGACCUGUGA